AAGAAACAGUAAAACUCAUCUGAACACACAUCGAGAGCUUCAGAAGAACUGAAUCUACUAACAACAGAGAAGAUCACUGAAGAAGAGAGAAGAAUGAAGAUCAUCUGGACUUUCACUCUGCUGAUGAUUCCUGGUGUGUUGAGCUCCAUCAGUGUGACAGGAUAUUCAGGAGGAGGAGUCAGCAUCACAUGCAGAUAUGAUAGAGGAUAUACAGACAAGAACAAGUAUUUUUGUAAAGGACAGUGGUCAGGGUGCAAAGACCAAAUCAGGACUACUACUAAAAAUAAAAGGGUUGAUUCUGGAAGAUUCUCUCUGUAUGACGACACAAGAGCAGCAGUUUUCACUGUGACCAUCAGAGAUCUGAGAGAAGAGGAUUCUGACAUUUACUACUGUGGGACUGAUAUUUAUGCAAAAUAUGAUCCUAAAACUGAAGUGAAGCUGAACGUUGUAGCUGCAGCUGAUUGUUGUCAGAAGAGCAUCAGUCUCUCCGCUGCUGCAGGAGCAUCUGUGAACAUCAGCUGCAGAUACCCACAAUCCCACAGUGCUGAUGUGAAGUUUGUCUGCAGGAGAUCUGGAUCUGAUCUCUGUGCUGAAGAGACGUCUGUGAAGGAGAGCAGAAGAUGGAGCGCUGAGGGACAGAUGCAGCUGUAUGAUGACAGAGAGCAGCAGCUCCUGACGGGAAUCAUCAGUCAUGUGACUCAACAACAUUCAGCUGAAUACUGGUGUGGAGUUCAGUCUGAUCCAGGACACAAGAGCUUCAUCACACGAGUCCUCGUCAAUGUUACUGAAGCAAACAGUCACAGAAUAUCUACAUCACCAUCAUCAUCACCAUCAUCAUCUUCUUCUUCUUCAUCCUUAUCUUCCUCAUCAGGUGACUCUCCACUGGUCUCAUCUGUGUCUCCUAUAACAGGCUCUCUUCUGAUCAUCAGUGUGUCUGUGCUUCUGCUUCUGAUCUUCACUGUGAUUCUGAUAGUGACCGUGACUCUCUGGAGGAGGCGUCAGUCGCACAACGCUCAUUCCUCAUCUCACUGUACACCAGCAAACAUUGAUGCGGCUGCCCAUUAUCAUUGUGAUUACGAGGAAACUGAAGAUAGUUACAGACCAUUACCCACAAACCCCUCUGAUUCUACUAAUGCAAUCUAUGCUAAUCCAGAAUUUCCCACAGUCCCUUCUGAUUCUACUAAUACUAUCUAUGCUACUCCAGAAUAAACCCUUCUGAUUCGUCCAACAGCGUUCACACUUUAACAUCGCAGAAGUCCACGUCUUUCAGUCAUUAUCAUCCACUGAGGGUCUGAAUGACACAGACAGUCCUAAUGAUGUUCCUGUAACUAUUAUCUGUCUUUACAUUAAUGUCUGUCAUUACAUGCAGCUAUUAGCCAGUGAAUACAGUAAAUAUAUGUUAGCGAUCUGCUGUUUUUAAUUUAUUUGCUCGGUAAACACAUCCAUUGCACCUGCUGAAGGGAUUUAUGUCAUUUUCUCAAUGUUAAAAACAUGGCAUGUAUUUGUGAACAAAAUAAAGGAUGAGUGUUCUUUACAACAAUACAGCAUUUUUGUUUUAGCAUCAAACCGGAUCAGUAACUAAUGCUCUUGUUCUUACAAACUCAGCAGCAGCAGCUCAGGUCUGUCCUCAUAAACUGUAUCAUGAUUUGGUUUAUGUUUCAGUUAAACAGCUCCUGAAGGUCAGUUAUUCUGCAUUAUGUUUUAUGAGGUGUAAUGUCACCAUCUGGACAGACUGUGGUAGUGUUUGUGUUGAAUCUGAGUCGCUGUCCAUGGUGCUGAACAUCAUCUGAACACCAGAGGGAGCCGCUGGACUCUCAGUCCUUAACACUUUCAUUUCUUCUUUCACUUAUGUUUCAAUCUGAUGUGUUUGGUAUGUGUCUGCUGAUGUCCCUCCCGCACGUCCUG